AUGGUGGACUUGCACGGGUACUGUCCUAGCAUCUUUUUGCAGGAGAGCCUAUUUCCUACAACGGGUGGAUUCAUCGCAGGCCGUUAUUGCGAACAGGUAUCCGCUGGCAACGAGACUAUAUCAUGUUGUUUGCCAUGCCCUCUCGCCAAUUGGCGAUAUGCCGAUAACAUUGCGCAACGAGUCCAAGUGGCUAGUUGGAUCAGUGUCGCUAUUCUACCCCUCUGUGUUUUUAUCCUGAUCUCAUAUGCCGUUCUUUCUCCCAAAUGGACCAAUCGUCACUACUUGAGUAUAUGCUUUACUCUGGGCAUCUGCUGCAUGGAGAUCGCAUUCAUUAUUCCCCUCGGCUCUAAGCCCAACCAAUGCUACAAUGAUAUCACACCUAAUGACAUGUACUCCGAUCUUUCUUGCGCCUUUUCUGGUUCCUUGUUACUCUUUGGGGGCUGGAUGGUGGUGAUAUGGAGUUUCAUUCGAACAAUUGCGUUUCAUGUGCAGGUAUGCUGGGAGGUGGUGUUGGGGCCAAAAUUCAUGUGGGGGGCUUUCCUGUGUGGAUUCGGCAUCCCUGCUAUUGGACUCGCCAUUAUGCUGAAGCUUACGGGGGUGUCUUACCGGUUCGGCGAUAUCUGUCACAUCAAUAUCGACAAUGGGCUGAAGGAUUACUGGAUCCCCAUCAUGUCCUUCGCGGCCGCCUCCUUGGUGCUGCAGGUAUCAACUAUGGCCUACUGUAUGCAUAUCUACUUGCGCUCGCUAUUCGACAAUUCCGCAUCGACCACCGACAACAGCUCCGGUCUCCCCUCUUACACCUCUAGUAUCCGAACUGUCUCUGCCCGCCAGGCCUGGCGUCGCCUCCAACGCGUCUUACAGUUACAAUGGCGUGGGGUCGCAUUAGUGCUGAUCAUCCUCGGAAAUGUGAUUUUCUUCGCAGUGGUCUUCAUCAACUUGGACCGAGACGUCGACCCCACUGCAGCCAACAUCAAAAAGGCCGCACCUUGGCUUCUCUGCCUAGCGGCCGGGGGUAGCAAAGCGGAAUGCAAGGGCCGUGCAUCGGGCCUGGGACCCAAUGAAGCCACACUACUCGCAAUGGUCUACCUACUAUCGCUAGUAGGGUUCUGGAACUUUAUUCUAUUCGCCCGCCCCCUAAUGUUUGCCGGUUGGCUCGACCUUUUCAGCCGCGGUUUCGCUAGGCGUCAUGAGUUCAUUUCCGUGGACGCCAGUGAACGCUACGCCAACAAGGAAGGAUUCGAGAUGCUGACCACCACCGCCAAGACUCCGGAGCCUUACGCAUACAAUAUGCGAUCGCCCAGCCCCGCCCACAUGGCCGGUCAGAGUCGGAGCCCGGUGGUGAGUCCCAGCCCAACCUUCGAUCGAAACGUCCAUUUCGGGCAGGAGGCGCAAUAUGUGCCUCCGUCUACGAGUUUCUCGGGUCCGCGGGCCCCUGGCUCGUCACACACUAGUCGCGACUGGGAUCCAUCAUCAACAUUUGCACGGAGCCGUUAG